GCUUUGAGAUUGCGCGAGCAGCACCAGCAGAUUUAGGCCAAUGGAAUUGCAGUGUUUCGGCUCUUUGAAACAACAUAACCAAUGAAAGAAGGUCAAUUCACACACUUCUAUCGAACUGAACACUGCAAGAAAAGUACUUCUUCGCGCCAGAACUUGUUUUGUUUUGACACGGCGCUGAAACGCUGGGGUGUAAUUUCUGUCAAAUUUCGUAAUUUUAUGAGUUGUUGUGUCAGUUUUGUAUCCUUAUUUCUUUCAUCGGAAUCCUCCCGUAUUGAUCUAUCAUGGAUCAUCAACUAACAACAGGUGCUAUUGUGAAAAUGCUCAAUGGAGAAAAGGUUGAUAAUGCAGUUCUCCAAGUCAUAUCUCACAAAAGGGUCGUAGGUGACACGGAGCGGUACCGGCUGCUCAUCUCGGACGGACAGCACAUGAACAGCUUCGCCAUGCUGGGCACCCAGCUGGUCUACAUGAUUCACGAGAACCAGCUGGCGCCCAACACCGUGUUCAGACUCAACCGCUACGUCUCCAACACCGUCAACGGCACCAAGAAGAUCAUCAUCCUGCUGGACAUCACGGUCCUAGUCCCCGGCGCGCAGACCGGCAAGAUCGGCAACCCGCAGGCCUACGCGGCGGGCAGCACUCCGGCCCCGGCCGCUGCGGCCCCCGCCCCGGCGGCUCCGGCUCCCGCGCCGGCCUUCAAAAACUCGACCAGCAACGGAGCGAUGGCGGCGCGCCCGGUCGCCGCGCCGCCGGCCGCCACUGGCCAGCUGUCCGCGCAGAACGUGAUGCCCAUCGCGCACCUGACGCCCUACGCCAACAAGUGGACCAUCAAGGCGCGCGUCACCAGCAAGAGCGACAUCCGCACGUGGAGUAACGCUCGCGGCGAGGGGAAGCUGUUCUCGUUCGAGCUGCUCGACGAGAGCGGAGAGAUUCGCUGCACGGCGUUCAAGGAACAGUGCGACAAGUUCUACGACUUCCUAGAGCCGAACAAGGUCUACUACCUGAGUCAGGCCUUCCUGAAGCCGGCCAACAAGCAGUUCUGCGGCACGAUCCAGCACGACUUUGAGCUGACGCUCAACCACAACUCGAUUAUCGAGCCGUGCAUGGACGACUCCUCCAUCCCGGGGAUGCAGUUCAACUUUGUGCCCAUCUCUGACCUGCAGACCAUGGAGAAGACCGGCCUGGUGGAUGUGAUCGGCGUCUGCAAGGAGGCCGGCGACCUGGACCGCAUCAUGUCCCGCAAGCUCAGCAAGGAGCUCACCAAGCGGGACCUGAAGCUGGUCGACCAGAGCAACACGGAGGUCACACUGACGCUGUGGGGCUCGCAGGCCGAGAGCUUCGACGCCGCCGGCAACCCGGUGGUGGCCAUCAAGGGCGCGCGCCUCUCCGACUUCAACGGCUGCAGCCUCAGCUCGGGCGGCAACAGCAAGCUGCAGCUGAACCCCGACAUCGACCAGACCUACAAACUCAAGGGCUGGUACGAGAACGAGGGCGUCAACAUGGAGUCCAAAUCCAUCUCGACGCGAGCCGCCCGGCCGGACAACUUCAAGACGUUCGCCCAGGCCAAACACGAGAACAUCGGCGGUACUGGCGAGCCGGGGUACUACAGCGUGUGUGCCACCAUCCUGCAGUUGCGCAGCGAGAACUGCCUCUACCAGUCGUGUCCUAACGGCGACUGCAAGAAGAAGGUGAUCGACCAGCAGAACGGCACGUUCCGCUGCGAGAAGUGUAACGAGCAGUUCUCGGAGUUCCGGUGGCGGGCGCUGAUGCAGAUGAACGUGGCCGAUAUGACUGACAACCAGUGGGUCACUGCCUUCCAGGAGACCGCCGAGGCGGUGCUCGGAAUCUCUGCCGACGAGCUCGGCAGGAUGCGCGACUCAGAUCCGGAGCGAUUCCAGGCCGUCUUCAACCGGGCCACCUUCAAACAGUUCAACAUGAAGCUGCGGGCCAAGAUGGAGUCCUACAACGACGAGUCGCGCAUGCGCGUUGUGGUGUCGGCGGCGGCGCCCGUGUCGGCUGACCUGGAGGCUCACAAGCGCCGGCUCAGAGAGGAGAUCAUCGCCAUGGGCGGCCAGCCCAACGAAGAGAAGAUGGUGGUCGACUAGGCGGAGGAUCUGGCUAGGAUGGGAGGGACGGGUGAAGAAGUGAUGGGGCACAAAGGACGCUGGUGGGUUAUUUGAGAAGAGAUUUCAGACAUGCAAUGCACGUUUGAUAAUCUUGCAUUGAGGUGAUCGUAUCGUGUUGGCUUACCGGACCAAGAUAUGCCGGUGUUAUCUGAGGACUUAACCCGUGCUGACUGGGGAGCGAUUGGCUAUCGUAUCACUCGAGCGGGCGGUCCGAAGCACGCCGACGCCUGCGCCGGCCUGAAGUGACCUUGAGUGUCGUGAAUGACUGCCAAGACGACCUGACGAUGUGCUCGGAUGGCCGAGUGUGGUGACUGUUUUCACUGACGUUGCGCAGUGCGUGCCGGCCAGGAUUGGGACUCUCGAGUCCAGAUAGGCCGCGGGCAGCGGCGAGACGUGCAGUUGCAUGGCUGAACCAAAACUUCGUUACUUGGCGAGAUGCACGUUUUUCUCGUUAAAUGUCCAAGAGAUCCUUGGUCCCAUCUCGUUUUCUGAUGUCUGGCAGCCAAGCACUCUUAGCAUUCAGUUGCUUCCAAUAUUCCACCAAUAAGGCACCUUGGAGCUCUUUGCUGAUUGCAAGUCACCUCUGUUUUUGUAUUGUAGUGCUAUGUUAUUUUAUAAUAUAUAAUAAAAACUCAA